CAGACGUGCAGCGGUCGGAGCCGAGAGUCCAGCGGCGUCCUUGCGCUUCCUGCCCGCUUCUCGCCCGCGGCCCAAGUGUUCACAGGUGAAGAAAUGGCAUUUGUGAAGAGUGGAUGGUUGCUGCGACAGAGUACUAUUUUGAAGCGCUGGAAGAAGAAUUGGUUUGACCUGUGGUCAGAUGGUCACCUGAUCUAUUAUGAUGACCAGACUCGGCAGAGUAUUGAGGAUAAGGUCCAUAUGCCGGUAGAYUGCAUCAAUAUCCGCACAGGGCAUGAGUGUCGGGAUAUUCAGCCUCCAGAUGGGAAGCCAAAAGACUGUCUGCUACAGAUUGUUUGCCGAGAUGGGAAAACUAUCAGUCUUUGUGCAGAAAGCACAGAUGAUUGUUUGGCCUGGAAAUUUGCACUGCAAGAUUCUAGAACAAACACAGCUUAUGUUGGCUCACCAGUCCUUUCCGAGGAGACAGUUGUGGCUGCUUCACCCCCUCCAUACACAGCCUAUGCUGCACCAACUCCUGAGCAGGUAUAUGGCUAUGGUCCGUACGGUGGUGCAUACCCAGCAGGAACUCAGGUUGUCUAUGCUGCCAAUGGCCAGGCGUAUGCUGUGCCCUACCAGUACCCAUAUGCAGGACUUUAUGGACAACAGCCUGCCAACCAAGUCAUCAUUCGUGAACGGUAUCAUGACAAUGACAGUGACCUGGCACUGGGCAUGUUGGCUGGAGCUGCCACAGGCAUGGCCUUAGGGUCUCUGUUUUGGGUUUUCUAGAAUCUUCAAGAUCUUAAUGUGCAUAGCUGCUGAUAAUCCUGUGUGCAAUAAUAUGAUUUGCAGGGCAUUUCUGUUUGUGGCAAAUGUUUUUAAUAAUAGUUUUAAUAGUUCUUUUGGAAGUAGUGACCUAAUAAUUGUAACUAAUCUGCAUAAGAACCACAGAGAAAGGUUUGAACUGUGUUGGUUAAACACACUGGGGGCUCUGGCUCAUACUCGGACUUUCCUUAUGGAACUCUUGGAAUAAUUAUUUGAAUAUACCUGUCAUGAAAGGCAUUUUCUUUACACAGGUGUAGUGCUGAAGGGAUAAUUUAUUUUCAUGUUGUACAAUAAUAUAGUGAUGAAUGAGUGAGUGGUUGUGGCAAGGAAAACUGCAGCUUCUUUUGGUUUAACCUCAAACUUUGAAACCUCAGACCAGACUGGCUGCAUGUUACCUUAGGAGUUGUAGACUGGUAAGCUGCCAGGUGGCUUCCAAAGGCAGUGGUGUGAGAGCCCCCACAAGCUACACUCUGGGCUGUGGGCCCCCAGCAAGACUGACUGCUCAGGAUGACAGGGACACUGUCCCUUUAAAAAUGAUGCUUCAGAAAUCUGCCUAAUGCUAGAGCUGCUUAUACUCCUGUUAUUCCUGUGUGUUUUUCAUUGUAAUACUUUGAAAACAUCCUACAUUAUAAAUUAAUUUGAGCCUCAGUAUUUUAAGGCUUUAUCUUUAAAACUUGAAGAAGGCAGAACAGUAACAAUUAUAUGGAGCUAAAUUAUUCAGAGAUACAUUUUAAGUGUCUGCUUUAGGUAUAUUUAUUGCCCGCUAAGCCAACUUACAACCUAUUUUUCUAUUUGUUGAGAAAAUAAUAUUAAAAGAAUGAUAAGGAAAAUGGAAGGAGAGCCAUAGUUAAGAGUUUUUGCUUCAGGCCUUCUAGGAUCACAUGCUCUGAAGGCCUGUCCUUUGGAGGAGUAGGGUACCAUGGCUGUUCACCUAGUGCUGAGAUGGACUGUGGCUGGGGGAAACUUGAGUUGUAGAGAAAUGGGGCCUAGGGACCAAGGGACCUGCUCAAGAUAGCAGUCACCCUGGCCAGGACCUUAACCUUCAUUUUGUUCCUGAUCUACUCAUGGUACAGAAGCUUAAAACAUUUAAUUUUGAGCCCCCAAAUAUAUGAAGCUCCAGAAAAUCCACAGUCCUCUCUUUUUGUCUAAUGCUUAUAUUUUCCACAUUAUGAAAUAUGUAUUUAAAAUAUUUAUAUUUCUGUUACUCCAUGUCUUAAACACUGCUAAUUAUUCCAAUUUUCUGUCCUGCAUGCUUUAAGUAUAUUUUCAUUAAGGUGGGUCAGCACAGUGAAGUCCCUGCUCCAUACUUCGUGUGGUCCUGUUUUUUCAAAAUACACUCCAGGAAGCACGAAUUCUGUUGUGAUUGUGCUGGUUACAUCCAUGGGUCUCUUGUUUCACUACUCAGCUGGUUCCAACUCUUGAUCUAUUCAGAUCUUUGAAUAGAUCUCCAUGUAAAACCAGAUGCCAAGUGGACUUAGUAGUGCCAACAGUCUGUUUUUCUACCUAUUCCUAGAGGAAUUGUUGACAUGGGAGUGUCUGUUUCAAGCUGAAAGGAAGUGUACUUGUCUCUAUGUGUAGAUGUGAUGUAUGACAAGAUGGUAUUAAUGGCUUAAAGUGUUGUUCUAACAUGGAAUGUUGACUAUAUCCUGUGUCAUAAGAAUGGCUUCUGUUUGGAUUGUAAUCAUUAUUAAAGCYGUAUGCUGUACUUAUACAGUAUUAAAAUCAGUUUUUAAUAUUGCAUUAGGGUGUUAAUUUUGAACUUGGUGUAAUUGGAUAACAGGAAUUUCUGAGACUAGAGAAUUUCUGCCACUGAAAUGCUCUUGAAGCAAAACAUGUUGUGUGAUCCUUGGCUGCCUUGGCUAAAGAGGGUUAGGUGUGGACCAAAGUUUGGCAUGUGACUCUCCUCCCCAAUCCCUGCCUCCAGGGAGGCCAGUUUCCUUAGUCAGCCAUAAUUGAACCUAGUAAUUUCCUGUCACUAGUGACUUGAUUCUGAUAUGAAAUGCGUACUGGGUGUAAAGGUGGGUUCAGAUCUUUUAUUUUCUUGGCUCCAGCUCUUGUAGAUGCYACACUUUAGAGAGCUUCAGUUUCCCAACCAUAUCCUUUAUGUAUACAGCAUAUGUAUAGUGCUAACACUAAGAAAUGGAUGAGUACUUUUAUUUGUUUAUAUUUGAUUUUUUUAGAUGGGGUCUCACUGUGUUGCCCAGAUUGACCUUGAACUUAUAAUCCUUCUGCCUUAGCCUCUCUUACUUCAUAUGUACUUUUAAAUAAUGAUCUAUACUUGGAAGAAGUUGGCUGUUGAUAUUGUACAUUGCUGAUCUGAUUGUUCUGUUAGUUGUGUUCUUUUAAUUCCUUGAGUUAACUUUGGGCCUUAGAUAGGAAAGAGAAAGGAACACCUGUGGUUAGUGUCUCAGGU